AUGCAAGAUAUUAUACGCGAAGACAGGACACCCGACACUGUGUCUGAAAAAGGUGACAUCGUUCAAGCAGAAGGCAAACCCCAAGCUGUUCAUUACGAAAAUGCUCCCACCUUUGAGGGAGCCAUCAGCGCAGGUCAUCUCAUAGACGAAAAUCUCUUGCGAGCCGAAAAUGAGGACAAAAUCACAUCCUACUUCAUUUUUCUCAUAUCAAUCGCUGCUGUGGCAGGGUUCCUCUUUGGUUAUGAUACCGCCAUCAUUGGUUCCGCCUUGCCUAUGGUGGGCACUGAUCUUGGACACGACCUCAGUAAUCCAGAGCAAGAGAUUAUCACCGCUGGCUGUACAAUAGGAGCUAUCUUUGGUGCUCUUAUUUUGGGUGGUCUCGCCGACAAACUCGGUCGAAAAUGGGCCAUGGCUCUAGCUGAUCUUGCCUUUACUGCUGGUGCCAUCAUAAUCGCGGCUUCCUUUUCGGUUCCUCAAAUCAUUAUAGGCCGUCUCGUACUGGGUGUCGGUGUAGGUGGGGCCGCGGUCAUCGGUCCUCUUUACAUCACCGAGCUCGCACCGACUGCCGUGCGAGGCCGAUGUAUUGGUGUGAACGCCUUUUUCAUUCCUUUCGGCCAGGUCAUUGCCAGCGCUCUCGGCGCUGCUUUUCAAGAUCGAGUGCCCAAUCAUAUCGGAUGGAGAGUACUCUUCGCCCUGGGUGUUGUUCCCUCCAUCGUGCAGCUCGCAUUGAUGCAUUGGCUUCCUGAAUCUCCAAGAGUUCUUUUGCUUCGUGGCCAAACCGACCAGGCGAAGGACACCCUUCGGACAAUUUACAAAGGCGCUUCUGAAGAGGUUAUCGAUUUCAAGCUGCAAGUCACCCAACAAUACGUAGCCGCCACCACUGUCAUGCGUGAAUUUUCUAUUUGGACCCAGUUGAAGAAGUAUUGGUCCCACAAGCCUUACAGACGGGCAAUCAUCGCCGUUUCUGCAGUUCAAGCUUUCGGGCAACUCACCGGUUUCAACACUCUUCUUUAUUACUCGGGAACCGUUUUUGGUUUGUUAGGUCUCAAGAACUCUGCUGCUGCUGGUUUGAUUCCCUCUGGUGGCAACGCAAUGUUCUUGUUCAUUGGUAUGACCAUUGUGGACAGAGUUGGGCGAAGAAGACUUUUGGUUCUUGCCAUUCCUGGAAUGAUCCUGGGAAUGGUAUGGAUGAUUAUAGGCUUCCAUUUCCUCACCAAAGAGACCGCUGGUGAUCUUGUCGCUGGUUAUCAAUAUGGCAACGGCCUUGUCGGUAGUGUCUUGGGUGCCAUUCUGCUCUUCACGGUCUGUUUCGGUAUCACCUAUUCACACAUUGUAUGGUAUCAAUCCGAAUUCUUAGCUUUGGAAAUCAGAGCUGUCGGUUCAGCUAUUGCGACAACAUCUUGCUGGGUUGCCAACCUGGUUGUCUCUGUCUGUUACCUUACGCAGCUUGAGCACCUUGGUGCUACCGGUACAUACGGCUUGUACCUCGGGUUCAUGAUCGUUGGCUACAUCUUUGUAUGGUUCUGUUACCCUGAAACCAAAGGUCUUUCCAUCGAUGAGACCCAAUCCGUCUUUGAAGAUGGCUACGGCGUCAAGAAGGCCCAAGCGAUGUUAAAGGAAAAACGACGACUUGCAGGUCAGCUCAAUUCUUCCGCUUAA